CAGAAGACGAAAUCCGAGCGAGAGGACGAGAUUAAGGAGAGAAUUAGAGGGGAAAUGAGUGAGGAGGGAGGAGGGCAAAGGCUGCCGGGGAAGAGGCCGCAGUUCGGGGCGAGGUUCCUUAAGGAUAAGAAAAACGUCUUUGAGCACAAUGCGUGGAUUUAGGACACACACGAUCUUGGUCAGAUUGUUGUUGGACUUAAGAAAGUGUAGGACAGACCUCUGGGGUCGGAAGCAGAGCAGCAAAGCUUGCAAAAGACAGCGGCCACCGGGAGGGGGGAGGGAACUGAAAGACUGGAAACUUGUCUUUACACAGAACAAUUGGGACAAUGUCGUAUGGGACGACACACAAGAGGCAGCAGCCCUGGCUAAAGUGCAAGAAAAUUCCGAAGUGACGCUAACUCCAGAGGAUAUCCAGAAGUUGGAAGAAGAGGCAGCACACCACUGGGAUGCCUUCUAUGGGAUCCACCAGAACAGGUUUUUCAAGGAUCGCCACUGGCUGUUCACCGAGUUCCCAGAGUUGGCACCACACUUAGCGCAUACAUUCCCCCGCAAGAUACAGCCAGGGGAGGAUGGGGACUCUGAUGACAUUCCAGCCAGUGGCACCGAGGGUAAAGUGGCACCCGAACGGCAGUUAAGUGAAGUGGACAAAAGCCAGUGCGAUGAUUGUGUUGGGGGAAGUGCCGGCGCGAGGACGCAAAACACACCGGAAGAUACACAUCAAGUUGAUAAUACAGAACGGAGUGAAUUGAACGGAGGUGACGGAGCUAAUUCGAGCAGCGGUGCAAGAGCGGAAGGUGGAGACCCCGAGAAGAGUAACGCCUUGCGGAAUGACGAGUCUUUCCCAGGCGAGAAGUCGAGUUAUCGGAUUCUCGAAGUCGGGUGUGGGGUCGGAAAUACGGUGUUCCCAAUCCUCAAAGUCAACAAUGACCCAGGGCUCUUUAUGUACUGUUGCGAUUUUUCAAACACUGCAGUGGACAUUGUGAAAGAGUCUCCAGACUAUGACACAAACCGUUGCAGAGCGUUUGUUUGUGACAUUUCAAGUGAAGACUGGGGUGCUCCGUUCCCCAAGAACAGCCUGGAUGUGAUUGUGUGCAUUUUUGUGCUGUCGGCCUUGAAUCCUGACAAGUUCGCCCACACUGUGAGGAUGAUGGCAGACCACCUUCGUCCAGGGGGCCUUAUCUUGUUCCGGGACUACGGGCGUUACGACUUGGCACAGCUCCGUUUCAAGAAGGGGCGCUGCUUGUCCGAGAACUUCUACAGUCGAGGAGAUGGCACUCGCUGUUAUUUUUUUACACAGGAUGAUGUACGAAAGCUUAUGACUGACGCCGGCCUUGAGGAGGUACAGAAUCUGGUGGACAGACGUCUGCAAGUGAAUAGAGGCAAACAGCUUACAAUGUACAGGGUUUGGGUUCAGGCAAAGUACAGAAAGCCAGCAGUACAAGAUACACAGCAGGGCACCACAGUCUCAUGACCCACUUUUGUUUAAUACAAAAUAGUUUGUUGUUUUUUUCAUUGCUAUUAUUUCAUUGUUAUUUGAGUUUUAAUGUUUGAUAUAAGUGGUAACAGGCUGAGGAGAUUAAGUGAAUGAGGGAAAUUCAUGAGAAGCAUAGAUAUAUUUUUCUUAAUACUGUAUAAUUAAAUUAUUUGCUGUUAGUGCUAUUUUAGGUACAUGUGAUAAAGUUUGUGUACUCAACCUAUUGAGGAACAAGAUCCCCUACCCUUAUUUAUAUUUUUACCUAUGAUAAAUUAACUUUUUUUUAUAAUUUUUAUAAUCAGUUGUUUUUUAAUAAUAUGAAUCAGCAAGAAAAUAUAUGCCAUAAAGUAUGGAAUAAAAUGAUGCAGUCAGCAGAAAAUGCUAACUGUAAAACUGAAAAAUACCUUU